AUGCUGUUCCUGCUCUGGCUACUUCCGUCGGCGCUCGCCGCUCAACCCUCCGCGCCCGAUCCCAUUUCCGCUCCGCUACGCCCUCUUGAGUUCGGACAACUGAAUUUCCUCCAUACUACCGAUACUCAUGGUUGGCUAGCCGGUCAUCUGCAGGAACCGUCUUUCUCCGCAGAUUGGGGAGACUAUAUAUCGUUCACCACGCGCAUGCGGGAAAAGGCCGAAGCGCAAGGACAAGAUCUGCUCGUUAUAGACACAGGCGACAGAGUCGAAGGAAAUGGCCUAUACGACUCGUCCGAGCCCAAGGGCAUCUACCUUUCGGACAUCCUACGGCACCAGCAUAUUGACCUGUUGACAUCGGGAAACCAUGAACUAUACAAGCAGAACACAUCAGAAACCGAGCUUCUCGUCACCGUCCCUAAUUUCCGAGGCAACUAUCUGGCUUCAAAUAUCGAUAUCAUUCACCCCACAACUAAACAGCUUGUGCCUCUAGCUCCGCGGUUUAAGAAGUUUACUACCAAGAAACAAGGCAUUCGCAUAGUAGCGUUUGGCUUUCUUUUUGAUUUCGGGGGAAAUUACAACAACACUGUGGUCCAGAAGGUAUCCUCCACUGUCAAAGAGGCUUGGUUUCAAGAAGCUAUUCGGGAUAAGGAGGUCGAUUUGUUCUUGGUGAUCGGCCAUGUGCCUGUGCACUCACCCGAAUACCGGACGAUCUUCAAAGAGAUUCGGAGUCUUCGUUGGGAUACUCCCAUUCAAUUCUUUGGUGGACAUGAACAUGUACGUGACUAUGCGCGUUACGACUCCAAAUCAUUCGGACUAGCGAGCGGCCGAUUCAUGGAAACAGUCGGUUUUAUGUCAAUUGAUGGGCUCGCAACCAAAACCAGCCAUCAAUCCGCUGCAGGUCCCAUCUUCAAGCGCAGAUAUAUUGACAACAAUCUGUUUUCUUACCAUCAUCAUACCAGUCUCAAUCAAGAGACCUUCCCAACCGAAAAAGGUCUCAAUGUAUCCCGAUUGAUCGCCAAAGCACGGACCGAUCUGCAUCUGGACCAGGUCCAUGGAUGUGCUCCACAUGAUUUUUGGAUGUCACGAGCCAAGUAUCCGGAUUCCAGCAACAUCUACACCUGGCUUGAAACUCAGGUUAUGAGUGACGUGAAGGACGAGUCUCGUGAAAACUCGUCUAGAUUCGUCCUUGUUAAUACGGGCGCCAUCAGAUUUGAUAUCAUGCAGGGGCCUUUUACCCAAGACUCCACUUUCAUUGUAUCACCUUUCACCAGCGGCUUCCGUUAUGUGAAAGAUGUCCCAUAUGACAAGGCUCUACUUGUUCUUGAGGUCUUAAACGAGCAACGUCAAAUUUUAUCCGCGGACAAAUCUUCUUCGUUCAUAGCGCUGGCUCCUCCUGAGCAACUUGCAUAUCCGGAAGAUGUGAUUGCACAGAAAUGGCCUUCUACGGACGAACAAAUCCCCAUGUCGGGCCCAAGACUGGUGCCCGGGUACACCACACAAGACGAUGCAGGCACAGAUGGUGAUGAUACUGUCCACUCACCAAUCUCCUUCUACCGUGUGCCAAAUUGUAUCCGAGCUCUCACACCUGCUAAUGCAUCUGAGAUACCGAAGACUGUGGAUUUGAUCUAUAUUGAUUUUAUUGAGAAAUAUGUUUCAAUGGCUGCCAAAUUCGCUGGUCUCGAUGUCGACUUUACAAAGGAAAGCGAUGUGUAUAUGCCGCAAACUUCCUUCACGAACCUGAUUUUGGACUGGGUGAAGAAGAAUUGGAAGUGUUGA